CGGCGAGGCGAAAGCGAAACACGCACCAACUCACCAAACCCUAAAGCCUACGCGCCCGUUGCCGAAGAGGCCAUGGCGGCGGCGCAGAAGCCGGCGAAGCGGCUGGGCGGCAUGGCGGAGGCGCUCGCCAUCGCCGGGGACCUCGGCUUCCCGGCCCCUCCCGCGCAGGAAGAUCAGAGCACCUCGGACAAAAGUGAUGACCUGGUUAAGGUACUAAGGGAGCUGACUGUUGUGCAACGGAAUAUCGCCAAUUUGCAGGUGGAGCUACAGGGCAGAAAGGAUGAUAAAAACAUUGCUCAUUUGACUCAUGUUAGUGAAAUGGAAAAGAAGUGUGAAUCUUUGGCCAGAAUUACAGCUAUUUUGAAAGAUGUUAUUCAAAACAAGGACCGCAUUAUUGCCCGUCUGCAACAGCCUUACUCGCUUGAUUGCAUUCCUGUUGAAGCUGAAUACCAGAAACAAUUCUCAGAGCUACUUCUGAAAGCAGCAAGUGACUAUGGGGCAUUGACAGCAUCAGUUGGAGAUUUUCAAUGGAGUCAGAACUUCAGAGAGUCGCCUGCUGUGUGGGGUGAAAUGCUACGACCGAUACCAGCUGCGCUCGCAUCCUGCACCCGGUUCUUUGAGGCUAUGUCUGCGAUGAGGGAAUCGUUUUCUACUCUUCAAGCAUUACGCGUCGGCCACUCUUCUCUGUCGAUGACCGCAGGUGGCGCCAGUGACGAUUCGAAGUUCUUGACGCCGCCUCAGUGGAGAGAGGGCUCGAUGCUCAAUAGCUGGAAGCAAGUGGACGACGCAAACUCCGAAAGUGACGGACUUGACAGUGUGAACCAAAGGAGGCUGUCAUGGCCAUCCUCCGUUAACAGGGACCUGUAGGUCACAGCUCACGAAGCAAAUACCCUGCCUGUUUACAUUCUGUAUAAAUAGGAUUGCUGAGGCCUGUCUUUGAUUUUGAUUGGGUGUGGUUUGUUCUGGUUACUGGCAGAAGCUACCUUUGGCACACUAUGAAAGAUCGGAACUAAUUAA